AGUUAUUUUGUCUUCUGUGAAUCUACAAUUUUUUUAAAAGGUUUUUCGUUUUUGCUAAUAAAAUAAGAAAAACGGUGGCGAUGAUGAAAAAAAGGCCGGACUUACGGCUACUACCACCGUGAAAGUGUGGUGGGUAGUAGAAUGAUGCUAAAGUAUCCAAAGGUUACAGCUGAGCCUCCUCUUUCUACAACUUCACCCAUUUUUAUCCGAUCUUCACUAUUAUUUUGCCUCAACUUCUUUCUCAAUCAAAGUUCGGUUUAACGUUUCGGUUCGGUUCGGUUAUAUCGGUUUUCGUUUUUUUUGUUAAAUUUUUUGGAAAAGUAUGCUGAAUUGAUCCGAUAUUAGGUUCGGUUCGGGUAGGUUCGGUUUUCGGGUAAUUCGGUUUUUAACUGGGUAUGUGCAAAAAAAACCGAAAUAACCGAACAGAAGGAAAUACAUAAAAAAAAAUUGGGUUUGUGCAAAAAAAAAAAUUCAACUGGGCCAAGCUAAAAUACAUAAAAGGCCCAUUGUAAAACCAUAGAAAAUAAAUGCAAUCAGAAGGACAGUUUAAUUUUUAACCCAUUUCAAAGAAAACAAUUCCAAAAAAUAAAAUGUCAGAAAAGAAUUUUCUUUUAGAAUAAAGACAGUGAAGAGAUUUAUUUCAAAGCCUGGGUUUAAGCUGCUGAGAGAACACAAAAAACCCUAACAAAAAUGGAAUCGAAAGCAAUUUGCUUAGGGUUUCUUCCUCCAAGACUUCGAUUUUCAUCUCCACGUUUACUCUCUCUUCCUCCUUCUCCUCCUGCUUCUUCCACAUUUGCGACGCGUCACAAACUUGAUUCCAGACAAACCCUCCUUUGGAACAAACCGCAAUUGAGCCGAGUUCGUGUAGCGUGUUCUUCUUCUCAAUCUGACUCAAGACCUGAGAAGAAGCAAUCGGAUAAGAGUAACUAUGCUCGAGCUGAGCUGUUCCGUGGGAAAUCAGGUUCUGUUUCUUUCAAUGGUCUGACUCAUCAGCUGGUUGAAGAAAGUAAACUGGUUUCAGCUCCGUUUCAAGAAGAGAAAGGUUCUUUCUUGUGGGUUUUGGCUCCUGUUGUUUUGAUUUCUUCGUUGAUUCUUCCUCAGUUCUUUCUAAGUGGUAUCAUUGAAGCUACCUUCAAAAACGACACUGUUGCUGAAAUUGUUACUUCUUUUUGCUUUGAGACGGUGUUUUAUGCUGGUCUUGCGAUAUUCCUGUCUGUGACUGACCGAGUGCAGAGGCCGUACUUAGACUUCAGCUCCAAGAGAUGGGGUCUGAUCACUGGACUGAGGGGAUACCUUACGUCUGCAUUCCUCACGAUGGGUUUAAAAGUUGUAGUUCCCGUAUUUGCUGUUUACAUGACUUGGCCAGCUCUUGGAAUAGAUGCUUUGAUUGCAGUGCUUCCUUUCUUGGUUGGCUGUGCAGUUCAAAGAGUUUUCGAGGCUCGGCUUGAAAGACGUGGCUCAUCCUGUUGGCCCAUUGUUCCAAUAGUCUUUGAGGUGUAUAGGCUGUAUCAGGUGACAAGAGCAGCGACUUUUGUUCAGAGGCUGAUGUUUAUGAUGAAAGAUGCGGCAACGACUGCUGAAAUAACAGAGCGAGGAGUUGCACUAGUUGGUUUGGUUGUGACUUUGCAGUUUCUAGCUGUUAUGUGUCUCUGGUCGUUUAUCACUUUUCUUAUGCGCCUCUUUCCUUCUAGACCUGUAGGUGAAAACUACUAGAUCUCAGUGUUUAGUGAUUGUUAGAUGUAGCCAAAUCCCAUCGGUUUUGUUUUGUUUCUGUGUUCAUUUCAGUAGUAAUGAAUUGUAUUAAGUCACUUUAAGAAUUGGUUGAUCAUGUGAAAUGAGAAUUGGCUGGAAAUGUUAUAGAACGAUCCUACUUAACUUCAGUAUUUGAUGAGAUUUCUUAUUGGAG